CAAGCUGACAGUGAAAGAGCACAGCAACAGGCGGAAAUUCAGCCCACAGAGCAAACAAACUGAGGAAAGAACGUCCCAGUUCGGAUUAACAGACUCUCCUCUUUUCCAGAAAAACACUUAACAAAAAGCUGGAAUUAUUUAGUUGUAGGUACAAGACAGUUUAACUGAACACAUUUGUCACGGCACUGCAGCAGUGUUGUGGGCAGGGGGACGUGCCUCGAUAAAUCAACCAGCAGGGACAAAUUUAAUUUCAAGGAGAAAUAUUGCUGCUCGGGAGAGAAGAUACCAAAGCCUUCUGGGAGCAGAGGAGGUACAGCACAGAGAGAGACAGAGUGUUAACAAGGGCAGCCAUGGAGAGAGACAACUACACCGGCCUGCAGGAGUUAUCAGAGGAGCCGACAGCUGGAGGGAGCAGGCUCAUACUGGAACACAGUGACGGCUCCCAGGGACUGAAGCGGGGUGUUGAGUGUUUGAGGAGUCGGACUGCUCUCCUGUUGCUUAUUGGCUUCUUGGCCUCCAUCUGCGCCAACAUCGUGCUUACUGUGCUCUUGAUUGGCAGGCCGGUGCCGGGUGCCCCUCUGGACUCCUCAUCUCUGGGUUUUAAACUGAACUCGGUGCAGAAACGUUACAUCCAGCUGUGUGAGGACUACACCGCUCUGGGACAGGGCUGUUCUAAGACAGUGAAGCAGUGCAGGGAGUGUCCUGACAAAUGGAUUCAUGUUGGGGAUCAGUGUUACUACUUCAGCAAUAACAAGCUGGACUGGCUGAAGAGCAGAGAUAGCUGUGAAGAGAUGGGCAGCCAUCUUACCAUACUGCACACCAUGGAGCAGCAUGAUGCUCUGGAAAAAGAAGCCAAGAAAAUUGGUGGAUUUGAUUACCACUUCUGGAUCGGCCUGUCUGAUAUUGAGACAGAAGGAGAAUGGAGAUGGGUGGACAACACAACACUGCAACACAAUUACUGGGAUCAGUGGAGCUCAGAGCCAAAUAACCACCAGUCAGGAGGGGAGCAUGGAGAGGACUGUGCCACUUUAGACAGCCACGCAAAGACAUGGUUUGAUGUUCCUUGUGAGCACAUUUAUAAACGGAUCUGCCAGAUGGACGCCAUUCAGUUCAACUGAAUCCUCAUAUAACUGAAAAUACUCCACAACUGGGAAGUCUGGAAAUUAAACGGGGUUGUGAAGGGGGGAAAAAUGAAUGGGUAUUUGGAAUUAAAGAAAAUAAAUCGUGCACUGAAAUGUAAUUUUACUGACAUACAAUAUGCACAGGAGAUGUUAUUUUUUUAACUGAAGUAGUUUGGGAAAUUCUGUACAUUGCAUUGAGAUACAACAUGGGGCAAUGACAUCAAGUAACAUUUUUGGGAGCGUGUCCAUUGUCAAUUAAUGAGCCAAUUACUGCACAUAGUUUUGAGAUAUUUCCAAAUGACUUUUCUUUGAAUGUCAGGUCAUCCAGGUCUGACAUUAGAAAAAGGUCCUCGUAUUAGAAAAUUGAAUGCCACAGACACUGUCUGCUGGAGGUUUGGACAUGAUUGUUGUCUUUUAUGUCUUUUUACUUUUAUGUGCAUCUUUGGAAGAGAUUUUUGCACACAACACAACAUACUUCAAAAACAUUUCAGAUUUUAUUGUAGUUUUUUUUCCACAAGAUUUAUAUUGCUUCUUCACACUGCUUUGGGCUUUUGAGGCAGAAUUUGUCAAUAAAUGUUCUUGUUUUCUACAGUCUAA